UCCUCAUCAGUUGCCACUGUCCACUCCACUCCAGAGGGGAGAGAAGCUGAAUCGCCUCGCUGCAGCUGCCACUACCUGCGCCAGCUGCUGCACCGAGCAAGACUCGAUCGUGACGCCUAUAUAUACAGCUAGCUCCUACGCCACCUUGUCACGUAGUACAAACGUCGGAGGACGACAGCAGGAAGCAGCCAGCCAAGAGCGAGCGAUAUGAUCGAUUCGAUGGUGGCCGCGGAGGAGGACGGUGGGGUGGCCUAUACGGUGCGCGAGUUCGACGGCGACCGCGACCGCGACAGCGCUGCCGUGGAGCGGCUGGAGCAAGCAUGCGAGGUGGGCCCCAGCGGCGGCAAGCUGUGCCUCUUCACUGAUCUCCUCGGCGACCCGCUCUGCCGCGUUCGCCACUCCCCGGCAUACCUCAUGCUCGUUGCGGAGGCUGCGGACGGGCCCCUCGGCACGGAGAUCGUCGGCGUCGUGCGCGGCUGCGUCAAGACCGUCGCCUGCGGCCGCGGCCAGCUCUUCUCCAAGGUCGCCUACCUCCUCGGCCUCCGCGUCUCCCCGGCGCACAGGAGGAGAGGGAUCGGGAGGAAGCUGGUGGAGCGGAUGGAGGAGUGGUUCCGGCAGAUGGGCGCCGAGUACGCCUACGUCGCAACAGACACCGAGAACGAGCCGUCGGUGCGACUCUUCACCGCGCGCUGUGGCUACGCCAAGUUCCGCACCCCCUCCGUCCUCGUGCACCCGGUCUUCCGCCACGACCUCGCCCCGUCGCCACGCGCCGCCGUCGUGCAGCUCGCGCCGCGCGAGGCCGAGCUGCUCUACCGCCGCCGCUUCGCGGACGUCGAGUUCUUCCCGCGCGACAUCGACGCCGUGCUGUCCAACGCCCUGUCGCUGGGCACACUCCUGGCCCUGCCGGAGCCAGGCGCGGCGCGGUCGUGGCGCGGCGUGGAGGCGUUCCUUGCCGCGCCGCCGGAGUCGUGGGCGGUGGCGAGCGUGUGGAACUGCAAGGACGCGUUCCGCCUCGAGGUGCGCGGCGCGCCGAGGCUGUGGCGCGCCGCGGCGCGCGCCACGCGGGCCGCCGACCGCGCCGCGCCGUGGCUCGGCAUCCCUUCCGUGCCCAACCUCUUCGACCCGUUCGGGAUGCACUUCCUAUACGGCCUGGGCGGCGCCGGCCCCUCCGCGCCGCGGCUGGCGCGUGCGCUGUGCAGGCACGCGCACAACGUGGCGCGCCGCGCCGGCGCGCGCGUGGUGGCCACGGAGGUCGGCGCGUGCGACCCGCUCCGCGCCGGGGUGCCGCACUGGCCGCGGCUCGGCGCCGAGGACCUGUGGUGCAUCAAGCGGCUCACCGAUAGCUACGGCGACGGCACGCUCGGCGACUGGACCAAAGCGCCGCCCGGCGCCUCCAUCUUCGUCGACCCAAGGGAGUUUUAGGCGCUUCAACUCGUCUUAGCAUAAUCAGUUGUCAGUUAGUUCUACCGUAGAUGUCGAAUCCGACGGCCGGUAGCGUUUUGGCUCGGCUACUGCACAACCUACCUGUAAAUCCUUCACUUCUUCUCGUAAUGUAGACGAUGUAGACAUGAUCGGUGCACUGUACAUGAAGAGGCCGAAAACUUGCUUUCCAUUAUCUCCGUUCGAAGGCCGUUUCCAACUUAAUUAAUUAUGAUUAGUGGAAAUGAACGGCCUUUUUUGUUUCGCCUUAACUUGUGGGCUAAAUUUGCAACCGUGGGUGUCAAUAGAGU